UCUGCUGCAGCCCACGGGCCAUUUGGCGGAAACGAAAGAUCGCGGGUGAGAUGGCGGAUGGUACCGGAGUGAAAUGCCAGCGCAGCGGCAGCGGGGACUGCCACGGCGAUAAUUCCUUCACUCAGUCCGUCAGUCGAGACUCGAGAGCAUACUCCUCUUACAGUGAAAAAAAAAAAAAAUAGAAAAAUUCGAAGCUUUUCUUUUGGUUGACGAAGCAAGCAAGGAAGGAAUCUUGAAAAACCUCAAAGCACGCAGGCAGGAGGAAGGAAUGAAUUAUUCGAAGGACUUUCCCGCUUGCUAAAUAACACGACUCGCCCUUUUUCCCCUGUUCGACAAGAGUUGAUCGCCGUUUCCGACUCAGCUGAUCUACCCGACAGAGUUCCUGGGUCGGGCCAAGAUCUUGGUGGGAGAAGCUGGGUAGAGCUCUUGGCAAUCCCAUUUGUUCCGAUUCUGGUUUCUAGGGCUGGUGAGAAAAAAAAAAGGUUGGAUCUUUGGGUUCUGCUAAUUGCGCGGAUUUGGGAGCGAGGGUGUGAAGGAAUCUUUCUCAAAUGGCAAUCAACAAGUCAAGACCUAAAAAGCCCUCCAAAUUGUCCGUUUACCUUUAUAUUCCCAACAUAAUUGGUUAUGUGCGGGUUCUCAUGAAUGUUUAUGCCUUUGCUAUAUGUUUCACCAACAAGCAGCUUUUCUGCAUCCUUUAUUUCAUUAGUUUUGUGUGUGAUGGGAUUGAUGGUUGGGCUGCUCGGAAAUUCAAUCAAGUUUCAACAUUUGGAGCAGUUCUGGACAUGAUAACAGACAGGAUUAGCACCGCCUGUCUGCUUGUAAUCCUUUCUCAAGUAUACAGGCCUGGUUUGACUUUUGUAUCACUGCUUGCCCUGGAUAUUGGUAGCCACUGGCUGCAGAUGUACAGUACAUUCUUGCUAGGUAAAGCUAGUCACAAAGAUGUGAAAGACAGCACCAGCUGGCUAUUCAGGGCUUACUAUGGCAACCGUAUGUUUAUGGCUUACUGUUGUGUUGCGUGUGAGGUUCUCUAUAUUUCCUUAUAUCUUCUAGCCGAAAAGCCAACUGAACAUUUGAUGGAUGUCCUGUUGUCCUUGACGAAAGAGAUUUCCCCUUUCUCGAUUUUAGUUGGUUUAAGUUUGUUCGGAUGGGCAAUCAAACAAGUUGUAAAUGUGAUACAGAUGAAGACGGCAGCAGAUAUUUGUGUCCUUCACGACAUCAACAAGAAAGAGAGCCCUUGACAAUGCUCUCCAUGGUUUCCGCAAAGAAGAAGGGAAGGUUUCUCCAUGAGCCAAAGUUCCUGCGUUCUUAUGUUUAUGUGGAAAAACACUAAUUCGGGGUGGGCGCAGCAAUGUCACUGUACUGCAACUUUGCAGGUUUCUCUAACUUCUUGUCUUUCCACAACUUGUGUCUUGUUCAUUGCCGUGGGAAGGAAAGAUCUGAUGCUUGGUGCAAGAUAUGUUCAUGUGGUUUAAUCCCACUGGACCAGGUUUUGAGAGUUUGGUGUGGUUUUUAGUUUUUUUUUUUUUGCCGUGUGUGGCAUUGUUUCCUUUCAGAACACUGGCUGGUUGUGUCUAGUUAUAGAUCUCAGAAGUUGAGGAAGUCCAUCGUGCCGAAUUUCUAGGCCUCACACAUCCAAGUUUCAAAACUCCUGUGAUGAUAUAGGAAACCCUUUUCCAUAGAACUAGAUUGAAUUUCACAUGAUUUACAUCUGGAAAUAAAUAGUUCCCAUGUAU